AUUUAUGAAAGGAUGAAUAGAAGAGCGAAUUCUCACGUGUCCCAAAUUUUAAGAUAUCAGCACAUUUUUUUUUGAAAAUUUUCUCGAAAAAUGGAUUCAAAUGAUUUAAUUGUUAAUUUUAUUACGAAAGAUCAACGAUAUGCUGUUCCUUCGAUUCCAGUUAAUAUUAAAAGUUCAUCGACGGGGGAAGAAUUUGAUAGAAUAAUCAAAGCAUUAAUUAAAGAUAACAAUGAAAAAAUUGCUUUAGAACAAGUUGAAUUCGAUUUUAUAAUUAAUGGAAAACUUUUACGCCAAACUAUCGACGAGUUCAUCAAGAAUGAAAACAUCAGUACCGAAAUUCAAAUUGAAAUAGAAUAUUUUGUUAAAUGUGAACCUCCAAAGCCGCAUAAAUCAUUUCUUCAUGAUGAUUGGGUCGCUUCUGUUGAUACAAUUGAUGAAUGGAUUUUGUCAGGAUGUUAUGAUAGUUCGGCGCACAUAUGGAAUAUCAAAAAUGGUCAACAUAAAAUCGCCAUACCAGCACAUACAUCAUCAAUCAAAGCGGUGAAAUGGAUUCGUAAUGGAUUGAGAAAGAAUAAUCAAAAAUAUACCUUUGUGACUUGUUCACAUGAUGAAACUGCAAUGUUAUGGAUUUGGGAUUCAAAACUUAAUCAAGUUGAACAUAUUUUCACCUAUAUUGGUCAUUGUCGAUCUGUAGAAUGUGUCGAUCAACAUAAAGAUCUUAUUGCCACUGGUUCAUAUGAUAAUAUGCUCAAAAUCUGGUCAGCCAUUGAUCCAAUUGAUGGUGAUAAUAAUGUAAAUGAAGGUGGGGAUGUUGAAAUGAAAGACAUUUCUAAGAAAAAAUUGCGAUCACCAGCAAUCACAAUGGAGGGACACAAAGAAUCCAUUUCGGGUUGUGUUUGGUUAAAUGAACAAGUACCAACAGUUUUGACUGUAUCAUUAGAUCAAACGAUGAAAAUUUGGGACAUUGAAAUUGGUGAACAAAAACAAUCAUUCACAUCAAGUAAAUCAUUUUUAGAUGUUGCAUAUUGUCCAUCAACUGGUAAUAUUUUGACAGCAUCUUGUGAUCGACUUAUUCGUAUUUGGGAUCCACGACAAAAUCAUGGAUCAUUAGUAAAAAAUGUUUAUAGUUCACAUGAUGCUUGGAUUUCAUCAGUCGAUUGGUCGCCAACAAAUGCGAAUCUUUUUGUAUCGGCAAGCUAUGAUUCGACCGCUAAACAAUGGGAUAUUAGAUCUCCAAUGGUACCAUUGUACGAUUUGUUAGGACAUCAGGAUAAAAUCAUGUCAAUUAAUUGGUCUAAUGAACAAUUCAUCGUAAGCGGUGGAGCAGAUAGUCAAAUUAAAAUAUUCUCAUGUUCAUUGUAAACAAAUAUAAAAAUGUUUUUUUAUUUCAUUCAAUUUCAUUAAAAAUUUUUAUCAUUAUUAUAAAGUGAUUAAUCCAUUCUAGUUUUAAGAGCUUUAACGGUUACUUUAUCUUUUUCGAUAAUA